AUGAAGCAAGCACUCGUCGAUAACAAGAUUACCGUCACCAUCCGGGACACGGAGAUCCCCGUCCCGGCAGCAGGACAAGUCCUCAUCCGAGUCGUGGUAUCCGGCACGAACCCCAAAGACUGGAAGGUACCACAAUGGCUCCCAAACCAAAACCUCACGAAUCAAGGCGAUGACAUCGCAGGAUAUGUUGAAUCCGUGGGUGAAGGAGUGGUGGGCUUUCAAAAGGGUGACAAAGUGGCUGCGUUUCAUGAGAUGUUAACUCCGAGUGGAAGCUGGGCGGAAUACGCGAUCGCUCGUGAGCACACGACGUUCCAUCUUCCCUCCAAGACAAGUUUCGAAGAGGCCGCAACUAUUCCCCUCGCGGCAAUGACCGCCGCGGUUGGUCUUUACCAAAAGUUAAGCUUGCCUCUGCCUUGGAACCCAGCUAGCGAAUCACUGCCGUUAGUUGUGUACGGUGGGUCAUCGGCGGUCGGCGCAUUUGCAUUGAAGUUUGCCAAGCUCUCCGAGAUCCACCCAGUGAUUGUGGUGGCUGGAAAGGGGAGCGCCUUUGUCGAGACACUGAUCGAUCGUAGUAAAGGAGACACGAUCAUCGACUACCGUGAAGGUGAUGAGGCAGUUCGAGCACAAAUCAAAGCCGCAGCGGGUGGUCGACCCAUUCAUUACGCGUUCGAUGCGGUCUCAGAGAAGGGGAGCUACCAGAAUCUUGGGGCUGUGUUGACCGCUCCAGCGAAAAUUACUACUUUGUUGCCUGUUGAUCAAGGAUAUGAAGUGCCAGCAGGCAUUAAUAUCGGACGUAUGACUGUGGGAUCGGUUCACAGCGUUACGGAAGGGAAACAGGUCGGGGAUAUUGAAUUCGGAGCUGCAUUCUUCCGAUUCAUCGGUCGGGGCCUAGCGCAGGGUUGGUUCUCGGGACAUCCCUAUGAAGUGCGCCCGGGUGGAUUAGCUGGAUUAGAAGGAGGGUUGCAGGACCUUGCAGCUGGAAAAGCCUCGGCAGUAAAGUAUGUGGUGCGGAUCGGCGAGACGGAGGGAGUUAAGGAAGCAUAA